AUGUCCUAUGCAAACAUGGAUGAAGAAAAAUGGCAAAAGUAUGAUUUGUCAUCUGUUAAAAUCGUGUCCAGUGGAGCAUCGAUUUUUCCAAGGUCUACACGCGAGAAGGUUGAAAGGAUGUUUCCAAAUCUGGCCAUGCCCAUAUUUCAGCUGACUGCAGCAGCCAUUACUGAGGAUGGGUGGUAUAGAACAGGGGAUUUUGGAUAUUUCAACAACAAUCACUGUUUGCUGGUGCUUGAUAGGGUCAAGGAUUUGAUCCAUUUGUCUUCUGGAGAAAUUGUUGCACCAUCUGAAAUUGAUGACCUCAUCAUUCAGCAUGAGUCAGUUUUCAAAGUUGGGGUUGCUGGUGUCAAGUGUGGUCAUGAAAAUCGUCCCAGGGCUUUUGUUGUCCUGAAGAAAAAUGCUCCCCCUAUAGAACCUGAAGACAUUGUCAAGUUUGUGGAAGAUGCGAUGAAGUUCGGCCAGAGGUCGCCUCGAGACGUCCUCUCAUCAUUGUCGGAUGAUUACCCGGAAGAACGGAUAGAAAAUUACCUCCGGGGUCGAGAUGCCCACGAAAAAUGCCUGGUGUACAACGUGAAUUCUUCCGUUUGUCUCGACGGAUUCCCUAUCCAAGUCAGGUAUCCCAUGGAUCUUCCAAGGCCAGAGAAAAGAACCAAAUCAGCCAAAUCGUCAAACAGGAAACAUUCAUCCUCAGCAGAGUCGACCACUAGAGGAAAUCACGUGAUGACUGCCUUGCGGAGAACCGGGAGACGGGGUCAAUGGGAGCCCAUCUUUUCUUUGAUGCGGCCGGAGCUGAUAAAGGGUACGGACCAGAAAUUCUUCCUGGACGUUCACGAACCCGGUUCGAAACCCGGGUUCAAAAUCGAA